ACGUAUUGUUUAAGUGAAAACGAAAAUAGGAUAAUUUUUGUUUCUGUUUUGUGUUUUUCAUUCAAUUUAUAAAUCAACUUAAAAGAUACAAAAAAAAAACGGAUAAGAUUAUGGAUAUACCAAAUACAGGAGCCAUUUUUACUCUGGGGAAAUCCCAUUUAGCAGAGAAUACACAAAGCUAUUUCUACAUAAAGAAUGACCCGGUUAGGAGGUUGACUUCCGGUGCAAAUCAGAGUGCCGUUAUUUGUGAAUCAGGACGUUUAUUUGUUUGGGGUGAAAAUCAAUUUGGUCAAUUGGGAGUUGGAACAAACAACAAUAACAAUGAUAUAAUAACAAAACCAACAUGUGUCAAGUCAUUAAAAACACUUGGUCUUAAAAUUGCCGACAUAGCAUUUGGACAUGGUUGGGCAGUAAUUCUAACAUAUUCCAAUGAAGUCUUCUUCACCGGUCGCAAUAUAUUCUCCACUGGCACAAAAGUUGCUGAAAAUUUCACCAAUACCACCAUUGGCAACGAAAAGUAUUCAAUCAUUCGUAAACCAUUUCGUUUAGAUGAACUUGAUGAUUGUCUUGCAACCAGUGAAGACCCAGAAAAUUUUGUUAGUAUUUCAGCUGGAAAUGACCAUUUCGCCAUAAUGACAUCUAUUGGUCGUUUAAUUGGCUGGGGAUCUAACCAACAUCAUCAACUAGGUUCGGAUAAUGUUGACCUCACUGAACCCUAUGAAGUUCAAUUGGAUUCAAAAGUCAAACAAUUUGUUUGUGGUCCAUCAUCGACUUUGAUUCUAACCGAAAACGGAAAUCUCUAUUUAACUGGGAAACUAAGUGAAUUUACAUUCCCUCAAUUCACUGAACUUCAAAAAAAUCUCUCAGCUCAUGAAGAGAUUCUUUUUAUGCAUAUUUCACAAGCAAGUGAAAUCUAUAUUGUGACCACUGAGGGUGGCAUUUAUAGAAGUCUCGAAUCCACCCGGCAUAAUAGUUUGAUAUUUCAGCGAUUCUAUGAUUACGAUAGCGAGGAGAAUGGCCAAAUUGUAAAACUUUUACGUGGGACAUCAUUUUUUGCUGCCCUCACAAAGGCAAAUAAGUUUUAUACAACAUUCUCAGAGAGUGGUCAUCAUUUGAAGACUUUUAGAGAGAUUUCCAAAUUUAAAAAUCUUCGUACUCUGGACAUGGUUGUAGGUGAUCAACAUAUCUUGGUCCAUGGCAUUCCAAGAUCAGCUAAUAAAGUGCUCAAUAAGACUUUUGUAGUUCGACCAGAUUCGAAUUCGAAUAGACAUCAAAUAUCGGAUGUUGGUCGAAUAGUCGCUGGGCAGAAUAUUCCAGAAGAAUCUGAAGAAAUUGAGGAAAAUGGUAAUCAUGAGGAAACAAUAAAGCCCAAUACUCCAGUAAAAGAAAAAGUCGAAGAAGAAAAUAUCGAAAUUAAAGAAGUGACAGAAGUGGCAGAAGUUAAAGAAACUCAAGAUAAAAAACCAGAAGGAGACUCAACAACAAAAAAGGACGACCUUCCUGUAAAAGAAUCAGAAAAAUUAAAUGGCAAUCGUCCAUCAUCAUCUUCAUCAUCAAAGGAUUUAGAUAUCUAUGAUGAUAAUUCUCCCACAAAUUCAAUGAAGUCAUCCACAUAUCGUCGUUUAGACGAUUCCGAAUGGGAUAGCAAUAAUUCGACACCAUCUAAGAAAACUGUUUUAACAGCAAAUGCAGAUAGUUCUACACCAGCGUCAUCGUUGAAAUCUCGGAUAAGUUCUUCUCGUUCAAUUCGAUUUGAUGAGAAGUCAAUAGCAAAGGUGACUUCUGCUGGGCGUGAACCAAGACCCAAAACACCAUAUCCAGAUGGAACACCAAUAAAAUCGAUUGGAAAGAACGAAGAUGAUUCACUGGAUAAAACAAGUCCUGCUCUUCAUGAUAGCUUGGAAAAUUUACCAGGAGCUGUGGUGACGGCUCCAAGUGAAACCAAACUGAGAAGCGGAAGUUCCAAAAGCAAGGCGUCUACAAAAAAACGAGCCUUAACUCCAAUUGUUCGAAAUAACGAAGCAUUACUAUCAAGCGAAGAAGAUGAACAAUUAGCAAUUGAAAUAAGUUCCACAGAACUUUUAGACAAAACAGUCGUAAAUGAAAUAAGAUUUAUUAACAAUGGAAUUGAUGUCACAGACAUCUCCAAAAAGGCUUUGGCAGAAGAUACUCCGGUGAAAGAGAAACCUACAAAAAUUCUCGACCAAGCAGGUGAAGCAAUUCAUAAAGCUACUGAUGCAGCAAAAACUUCUGCCAUCACAACAGCUGAAGAAACUGUUGAAACUCUGUCCAAAGAAAAGGAUAAAGCAAUUGAAAAACUAUUUGCCGAAAAAGAUAAAGCAAUUGAAAAAGUCACAGCCGAAGCCGAAGGAAUUGGUGGCAAAAUAUCGACUGCAGUCAGUUCAGGAGUGGAAAAAGUUUCCACUCAAGUUGAUAGUGCAGUUAGCAAGGUUUCUGAGAAAUUUGAUUCAACAGCUUCGACGGUUUCCGAAGGCGUUGAUAAUACAAUCUCAUCGGUUUCUCAAAAAGUCAACACAACGACAAGUAAGAUAUCAACAAAAGUCGACGAUGCUAAACAAAGUUUGACAAACUUUAUAACCGGUCACAAAGAACCAAGUCCAAAUCUUAGUUCAAAUCUUAGCACAGCAGUGACAACCGAAGAAGCCUACACGCCAAAGGAUGGGUCUAAAAUUGAUGAUGACGAAAGGACAACUGCUUCCGUCAACUCGAAUUUAAAUGGAACAGGAAACCCUUUUGACAAUGACAAUGAGAAUGAGGAUGGCAAAGAUUUUGAACAUGUAAAACAAACAAUAAGUGAUGAGAUAAAAACAACAAGUGAAAGUGGCAAGGGGAGGGUAGCAAAAUUUUUCAGCGAUAUCAAAGCAAAAGGAAGACGUUUUUCGUGUCGAGAUGAGAAGGCAGUUCGAGUUGCAGAUGAACCACCAAAAUACACACCGGUAGAUGAAUUGGCUCAACAACCAGAUGCAACUUCGAAAGUUUGCACAAUUUUGUAGAAAAGAAAAGCAUUUAAAUUAUAAAUUUUUCGUUAAAUUUUUUUUAUUGAUUGAAUUUAA